AGAAAAUUCUAUCAGAAAUGUUUAAACAUUACAAAAGACUUCAAAAGUGGCAAAAUCUUCAAGAUAAGCAAAUUUCUCAGCAAUUGAAGCAAAAGCGUUGUUAAGGUAAAAUGAUGUAAAAAUAAAGAAAUAUAAAGAGGAUAUGUAGCAAGUUUAAAUGUUACGACUAAAAAGUUCCUUUAAAAAAAGAUGAAAGUGCUUGGAGUGAUGAGAGUGAGGUAAUACAAUGUAAAUAAUAAAAAAAAAUGAAAGAAAGAACAGUGAAAAAUUAUCAUUAAAUAUAAAUGAACGUCGUGUACAAACAUCCUAAACAGACACACAAAGAAAAGAAAAAAAAGUGAAUGAGUGCGAAGCAUAGAAAGAAGAAUGAAAAUUUUAUGCUGUACUGUGUGUAUAUAUAAUAAGCAUAAGCAUAACAUAUAAAAUAAUAAGAAAGAAAAAAGAAAGAAACGAACAAACUCGUGAGGAAAAACAAACAAAAUCAGGCAACAGCAGCAGUGACAGGCGGAGGAAGGAAAAGUCUUUUUUCCCUCUUCUCUUCCUCUUUUCUGCCUGUUCAUUUUAAUUUCGUCUCCCAGUUAUGAUGAUAAAAAAAGUGUCUCCUUAGUCGCAUAAUGAGUGGAUGUGUGAAUGAAAAUUAAGUGAAAAGUUAUCAUCACCAUUUAAGUAGCACAUUAAGCAGCCAUCAUGAAGGAACGUCUUCAAAAUAUGCAAAUGUAUUCUAUUGUUGGCAUUUUCGGGAUACUGGUGUACUUAAAUUCUCUGCCAGGCAAUUUCGUUCAUGAUGAUUUGCCUGCAAUAGUUUAUAAUAGGGAUGUGCUCGGUACUACCAGUGUAUUUGAUAUGCUAUUAAAUGACUUUUGGGGUAUGCGUAUGAAACUUAAGGAGUCACAUAAAUCUUAUAGACCAUUAACAACUUUAACAUUUCGAUUAAAUCGAAUGAUAUUUGGAAUGGAAACUGCAUUUUGGUUUCAUGUCGUCAACGUUCUCCUACAUUCGAUCUCAUCAAUUCUAUUUACAAAAAUUUGCUACGAAGUCAUCGGUUUUAAGAGAAAAUAUUGCUUACUCGCUGGAAUUUUCUUUGCCAUUCAUCCAAUUCAUACAGAAAGUGUUUCAGGUAUUGUGGGACGAGCAGAAAUUCUAGCAUGUACUUUCUUUUCACUGUCGUUUCUAUCAUAUCACAAUUACAUCACACGAGAUAUAGACAACAUAGGAACAUUAUUGAAAAGUAUAUUGUUAGGUGGCUUAGCUAUGCUUAGUAAGGAAAGUGGUUUAACCGUAUUUAUAGUAAAUAUCUCGUAUGACAUUUAUCGCAAUUGGUCAAUAAUAAAAAAGACAUUCCACGACGUCCGAUGGAAUCACGAGAGUUAUCGAUUAGCAAAGAGGAUGUUUAGUGUACUAGUCAGUUUCAUAUUUCUGUCGCUGGCGCGUAUCGCAUUACUACAAGGUUCUUUGCCGAGAUUCUCACAACAAGACAAUCCGGCAGCAUUUCAUGCAAGCUUUCAAGUGCGCCUUCUCACAUUUCUGUAUUUAUCGUCCUUUAAUACAUGGCUCCUCAUAUGUCCAUCUCAAUUGUCGCACGAUUGGCAAAUGGGAUCGAUACCACUCAUCAUGAGCUUUCGUGAUACAAGAAACAUUUUAACGCUCAUUACGUUUGGUGUGAUUUUGCUUAUUAUUUAUAAAAUCUACAAUGACUUAGAGCUUCAGCGUCACGUCGCACUAGUGUUAGGAUUCAUAUUGUUAGUCUUUCCAUUUCUACUCCCUGCCAGCAAUUUACUUGUGACUGUAGGUUUCGUCUUGGCGGAAAGGAUCUUAUACAUUCCAAGCAUGGGCUUCAGCAUAUUGGUACUUUAUGGCGCUCAAUUACUUUAUGAGAAUGUGUCAAAAAUGAGACGAGUUCUACAAGUAUCGGGAUUUUUACUGCUCUGCUUCUUCUGCUUAAAAACUAUUUCACGAAAUCAGGACUGGCAUACGAGAGAAACUUUAUUAAAAUCCGGAUUAAGAGUCUUACCAGCAAACGCAAAAAUGCAUUAUAAUUAUGCAAAUUUCCUUCGUGACAGUUCGAGAUUUGACUUGGCAAAACAUCAUUAUCGUCGUGCACUAAAACUAUGGCCGAGUUAUGCGUCGGCAUGGAAUAAUUUAGGAACACUCAUUGACGACUUUGAUGCACAGGAAAGUCACUUUUUAACAGCCAUUUAUUUCUCAAACGAACAUAUUAAUGCGCAUUUCAAUCUGGGUCAACUGUAUAGCAGGAAAACGAAUCGGAGCUACGAAUCGAUUAAAAUGUUUGAAAAGUGUAUCCGCUACGAUAAAAAUUUUGUUCCGGCUUAUUUGGGAUUAUCAAAACUAAAAAAUGGAAUAGAUUCAGGAUUGCUAUUGAAGCAUGCAUUAGAGGUGAAUGCGGAAAAUCAUCUCGUACGAUUGGAAUUGGCAGAUUGGCUUUACUCAAAACGCUUAUUCAUCGGAGCAUUCAAUAACUACAUGAUUGCAAUUCAACAUGAAAACUCCUUCCAAUUGUCUUUCGUUACGGGCUCAUUGAGAGCUCUACGGAGUCUAGGCCACAAAGAGAGAAUGCAUCAAUUAAUCCUGAGAUGGCAAAUAAUGAAACGAUCAAAUCAGGAUAAAAUUGUCGCUCAAAUAUAUCUUCGUGAUUGGAGCGUAAAAACGGAAAUUUUACGUAAGGCACAAAUGUAUGAGGACUCAAUAAUGCAUCGAAUGAAGAAUGACUGCACAAGCAAUAACGUGGAGAUUAACAAUUUAGAUAACAUUAAUAAUAAUAAUAAUAAUAACAAUAUUAAUAAUAAUAAUAAUAAUAAUAAGAAUAUUAAGCUUUAUGCGCCACACACAUUACAUUGUCAUUGUAAUCGAUCAGGCAUAUAUGUUGAGAAAGCUAGCGAUUCAACCAUGACAACAAGUAAAAAUUGUGAUAUUUCUGCCGAUGACUCAUCACUAACUUCGCUCAAAUUAAAAAGCAAAAUUAGACGCCAUAAGAAUAAUUUAAAAAUGCGCAAAUAUAAAGAUAUUUUUAAUAAUAUGAUUAAACCAAUGAUUGCGAUAGAUAAGCUAUAGUGGUUAUGAUAUACGGAGGAAGAUGAAAGUGAGGAAAAGAAAACAUAAAAAGCAAGUAAAAUUGUUUGGGGAUGGAAGUUUUUGGGAGAUCUAUGUUAAGUUGUUUUUAUGGUUUAAGCAAGUUGUGAUGCAAGUGAAGCUAUACUUGAACCCAAAAGGGGUGAAGAAAUUUGUAUAAAAUCAAAACGGAAACCACUUGAACUCCAAAUUAGGAAAGCUGGGUUUAACACUACGUUUGGUUUUCAAAUGGAAUUAAGAAUCACCUGAGAUAGUUGGGAACAAUUUCGGUUAAUUCAAAGAAUUAAAUAUUAACUUGCCAAAAAAACUAGAUUGAACAAUUUGAGUUAUUUUAUAGCUUAUUUAACAAAAAUGACCAAUAAUGCUGUUCAGAACAGAUUAGUAGUUUAAGUUGACAUUCUGUCAAAAUUCUGGGUAACCACUACAGCUUAGUAGUUGAAGUAUAUGAUUGAAAUCAUAAUAUCUAUAAGUUCGAAUCUUAUUGCUUCGAACCCUAUGGGUUCGAAUCCUAUUGGUUAAGAUGACAUUAGUUCAAUUUCCAUGGGUUCAAACCUUAUAAGGUAAAAUCUUAAAGUUUGAAUGCUAUCCCCGAGCAACAAAAGCUCUCACUUCGGCUAUCAAAAUCUAGUUUAAACCAAUUUCGAAGCAUUUAAACGGAGCAGAAUUCUUUUGGGUAAAAUUGAACAAAAACAGAAUAAAAGAACUCCCAAAGACUUUCAAACCCAAAACAAAAGUAAUUGAGAAAGAUUGAAAAAUGUCAAAAGACUGUCUUCAUAAAAAAAUAUGAGAAAAAAUAAAUCUUAGAAAUUUAUAAAAUUAUACAUACAUUAACUGAUUAAUUAUUAAUUACUGCUAAUUAAUUACGACGCACGUCUUGUUUAAUGAUGAAAAAUCAUUUCAUUUCUCCGACUUUACACUUUAACAUCUCAAUCUUUAAUCUAUUCCAUUUCCACAUCACACCCCACUUUUUCGCAUAGACUUGCCAAUGUACUUGCUAAUUAAAAAAAAAAGAAAAAAUUUUAAAGCAAAAGCAUAGGAAAUAAGAAGAAAAAGAAGCAUAAAUUUUAUGUUAUUUCAUUAAUUUUGUUUGUUAUCGACAAAUAGUUUGUUGAUUAUAUUAGAGACGAAAAAAAAACAUAUAUAAGCAUAAGAUAAUUAAAUUUAAGUUUUGUAAAAUUUGUUUUCCUUCAAGUUUCAUUUCCUUACAUCCUCGCUCGUAGUGAAUGCUGCAUUCGAAUGCAUACACAAAAAAUAAAAUUAAUGAAGAAAAAUUUUUAAUUGAAAAAAUUCUUAAGGAUAAAGAAAAAAUAUCGUGAUAAUAAAUGAGUUUAACUUAGUAGCUAUCUAUUUAAUCAGUCUGUUCAAAUAGAUGAAAACAUGUACGAAAUACAUUCACACAAGGAUAAUUACGAAUGGCUGGGAUGAUUAUUUAUUUUUUAAUAAACACACGAAAAACUUAACAAAAAGAAAAACAAGGAAGGAAAAAUUGAUUUUUUUUUGUAACACAGCAAUGGAAUUUAGCUCAAAAAAAUAUUUAACAGACAGAUUUUUAUCAUGCAAUAUGAAUAAUUUUAUUCUAAUUAAUUAUAUAAUUAAGAUUAUAAUUAAUUUGUUGCGUAUUAUAGUAAUUACUUUAAUAUUUAGGAAAUGAGACAGGAAUAGCUGAUGAAAUAAGUUCAUGAUUAAGGAUUGAAAUGAGUACUUAACACAGUUAUGAGACUUUUUUUGAUGGGGAAAAAAAAGGUAUUGAUGGAUGUUAUUGGAUAUUAAUUUGUUUUGAGAUGACCUAGAUUAUCAAUCAUAGUAUCUGAUAGUAACUUUGAGUAACACAAAAUAAGCAAAAGCAGCAUAGAGUGAGAACUACUAAUCAAUAUUAGAUCACCCAUGACAGUGCUUCUCAAACAAAGCUCAACGAUCCUUACUGGUUUACAGUUAUAAUGUGUCAUGUUUUAAAAAGUUUGUGAACCACUUACCUAGAGUGGACACAACAUCUUCUAAAUGAUGACCCAAAAAUCUACUCAAAAUGUUGCUAAAGGUCAAAAAAAAAUCAGGAUUUGUAACAGAUUCGAAGAAGUAAAAUUCAAUACCAAAACUGAAAUGUUUAUAGCAUUGCUAUUCAAUAUUAGUACAGCAUACAGAUUUAUAGAGAUGCUGAAAAACUCUAUUGUUAUAUAAUAGCAAUUUAACAUCACCAACAUGUGACAUAUUCACAUCUCUAACCUAAAAUAUGAUUUACUAAUAAAUUUAUAGCUUUUUCACGAGUUAACGUCAUCAAAACUCCAUAAAACUAAAUCUCAAUUUUACUUAAAUCCACAAAAAAAUAUCCAUCAAUCACCAACCAUCCAGAACUGUUGAUUAUAUUUCAUAUCCCAUCAAAAACUGAAAACAAUAACUCAUGAGUUUAAUAAAUUACAAACCACAUUCAAAAGCAUUCCAGAAACUAAAUCAACAGUCUAAGACGUAAGUUAUUUAUCAAAGGGAACCACAAACAUAAAAUAUAUGCAAGAGAGAAGCUCAAGGAGCACAGAAAAAAAAUAACAUUGAUGUAAAAUUUAUUUACCAUAAAUUAAUCUAUGUAAGGAGAAACUUACAAGUGACUGAAUGAGGAGAAGUAAAUUACCAUAAGAAUUUUUGCUGUAAAUUUAUGAUUUUUAUCAAACAACAGAGAAUAAAAACGAAAGGGGAGAAGGCAGAAAGUUCAGAAUUUUUGCUGCAUAAUCAAGGGGGGAACAAUGUGAUGGUAAAACUAUUUGAUCAUAAUUUUGCUAAGGGGGAUACAGCAUGAUGGGGGAAAAUUGUAAGAAGUUCAUUAGAAUUACUACUAAGAUGAGAAAUCACCCUGACCAUGAUGAGAAACUGUUUAAAAAUGCCCAUCAUGUUGUUUCCCCCUCAAAAUUUUAACGAAUAAUAUUCAUACCAACAUUUAAAGGGAACAUUGAUAUGACAUCACAUCUGAAUCUGGAUCAAAUCUAGACAUCAGUUUGAAAUUCACAAUCAAAACAUUUUUCCCAUCAUGUUGUUAUCCCCCUUUCUACAUAAUUCAUUUAAAAAUGAGAUAAGAAUAUUUCAGCUCUAUAUUUCAUGAAUUCUUUUUUUCUCUAUACUUAAUAGUGUCGCAUAGUCACAAUGCAAGAGAAUAAAACAUAAUAAUAAUUUUUUUGUAGAGGAGUAGUCAGGGUUUUUUGGAAAAAAAUAAAACAUGAAAAGAAUCUUUUUUGUUCCUUUUCAAUGCAGAAACAUUUUUUACACAUGAAAAAAAAAAACAUUUUGUUUUGCUGCUGUAUUCAAGCUGUAGCGAUAGGGAAAGAAUGAAAAUAAAAAUUUCUCAGAUGAAUAACCUCAUUGACUCAAGAAGAAGGGGAGGGAUGGAAAAAAAUAGCACCAUAAAUAAUAAUAGAUAAAAUAACAUAAACAAUAGAUUAAUCAUUACUUACUUAUUAUCUCUCCGUUUUCACAUAUGCUACUGUCCCAUUAUCAUCAUCAAAUUUAUAUAUACGCCAUAACAUAUAAUACAUACAUAUAAAACAUACAUUUAUAGACGAGAGAAGAAAAAAAAGCAUAACAAGCAUUAAAAAGUUUCACUCGGUCUCCGUUCUCAUAUCUCUUCAUCUUUCUCACUCAUUCCCUCACUGUUUGUAUGUGUGUUGCUACUUUUUUUUACAGAACCAAUAAUGGAUGAAUUUAUCGCAUGAAAAAGCUAAAAAAGAAUGUCAAGCAAGCUAUUAAGGCAUUUUCUGAAUGUUAAAAUGUUUUAAAAUAAAUUGUAUAUUUAGAGGUUCUAGUUUUUUGGAAUUUUGAGAGUCGAUUUGAGUGAAAACUUAGCAUUAGAGGUGCAUAAAGGUCAGGGGCGUAGGAGAAAAUUUUUAAGGGGGGGCCCAUUUUCGAAAAUUAAAAAACCGUAAUUUUGUAUCCUUAAAUCUAUAUAAAUUCUUCAUAAGGGCUCGUUCACUUAUUACGUAACGCAAAAAAACGAGUUUUUAGACCCCCCUCCCCCCCCUGUAACAAAGCGUAACAAAAUCUUAGACCCCCCCUCCCCCCCCCCAUAACGUAACAAUAAUUUUUUUCAUUUAAAUUGUUUAUCAAAUGUUUAUUAUACUUCCUUUAAGUAUGUAAAAUAAACAGUUUUACUUAUAACUAAAAAGCAGAGAUCGAAGCCGAUUUUUUCGGCUUAACUCAAUUUUUGAUUUUUUUGAUAGAAAAAAGCCAUUUAACACCCAUUUCAAGUAUUUAAAUUGAACUUUAUGUGCUUUACUAUGAUUCUGUGUAACAUUUUGUCAGCAUCCCUAACAGACAAAGAGCAUGCUCUUGAUCAAGAGUACGGUUGAGAAUACGCUUUUUCAACAUCCUCUCAAGAUCCCAGUAAAGAGCAUGUUCAAUAGCGGACUCAAUCAUCUUCUAAUUAUAUCAAAAGAGUAUAUAAAAAGCAUGAUCAUUGACAUCCUCAUGAGAUUAUGCUCAAAUUAUCCUUGCUAUAUACUUCACAAGCGCUAGCAGAAAUCACUAGUAUAGGUCCUAUAUACUUCACAAGAGAAAGCAGAAAUCACUAUUAUAAGAAAUUAUUUUGGACUUUCUAUAGUUUAAAUAUGUCUUUUCGCCAUUUGAAAGUUAUUUAAUUUCAGAAGGCAUUAGACAAGAUGAACAGUUAUUAGGACAUACCACAACACAGCGGACUCGGGUUCAAAUCACGGCAAUCACCAAAAAAGAAGAAAAAUAUCAAUUUCUGAAAAACAUGAUCAAUAGCAUAAUCACAAGCUCAUAAAAUUUUUUAAUUAGUGAAAUUAAAGCAUGAUCAGCUGAACAUGUUCUUGAUCAUGAUCUCAAGUUUUACUUGCAUGAAAAACUUGCAAGUAAAAAAAGCGUACUCUUGAGAGCGUGAUUUUUAUGGUACCGUACUGCGAUCUCCAUUUAUAUGGGAGAGUACGCUAAUUUAGCGUCAUCAAAUUAAAUAAUUGAUUUUUAAAAAGCAUGUUCAGAGCGUGCUCUUUGUCUGUUAGGGCAUGUAGCUAUAGGAAGCUCAGAAUUUCAAGUUAGCCGAUUUUAAGCCGAUCGGCUUAAAUUUCGGCUUAAAAUCGGCUUAACCUUAGGUUGAAAAUAAAAUAAGAUCACACUUUUAGCAAAUCAGGAUUUUAAAAGUUUUCUUGUGACAACUAGAAAUGUAACAUAAGUUUUUUUCAAAAUAUUGUGAUUAAGUCCAAGAACACAAUGACUCGAAAAGCGUGGGGCUUUGAGAUUUGACGCUUCUCUUACUUAAGAACUUAGUUGAACUAAGAAAUGCAUCCUUAAAUUACGCCCCACGCUUAUAGAGUCAUUGUGUUCUUG